AUGAUCAGAUUGUUUCUGCAGAACAGUAGCUCAGCUCGUGUACAGUGUGUGAGGCUCUUGCAAACUUUUCCAGUGAUGUCUUCACCAAAGUCCACGAAAUUCACUGCUGAAGAGAGAGAGACAGAACUUCAGCCUUUAAAGUCCUCAGGCUGGACAGAGGUUGAGGGACGCGAUGCCAUUUACAAGGAGUUUAAAUUCAAGAAUUUCAACCAAGCAUUUGGUUUUAUGACACGUGUGGCUCUGACGUCAGAGAAAAUGGAUCAUCAUCCAGAAUGGUUCAAUGUUUACAGCCGAGUGCAAGUAACCUUGUCAACACAUGACUGUGGAGGGCUUUCUGCAAAAGACGUCAAGCUUGCAAAAUUUAUGGACAGAGCUGCUGGGUCUAUGUGACUGUAAACACAACUCAAAAGGCACUGAGUGACUUUCAAGAGAAUGUGAAUGGUUGAAAAUUUUAGUCAGUGUAGCUGUGUUACAACCAUGUUAGAUAUGAGGACAUCUACAACUAUAAAUGGUAGAUAUAAGGAAAUUGGUGACUAUCUGCAAACAAUACAUAUACAACACAGAAGUCUUCUUUACUUUAAGGCAAAAGGUAAAAGAAGUUUUCAGACCAGUACAGCAAUCCCUUUACCUGUUGAAUUUUCAAGAAUUCCAAGAAAUUUUAGGCAGUAACAAAAGGUACUAUUAGUGGUAAAUUUUUCUGGUGAACUCCUGAAAAGGAGAGCUAUGACUACAAGGAAGUACAUAAAUCAAGU